AUGGUCACCGACAUCACAUCCGCCAUUCUCUUGCUGGAAGAAUCGGAGAUCGACGCCGCCUCCCUCAAACACACCAUCGACACGCUCGCCAUCGCCAUCCAGCGCUACACGCGCAUUCUUCUUCUCAUCCACGUGGAGCACACACAGAUCGAUUCCCUCACCGAUUCCUUUCAAUAUCUCCGCGCUGCCAUUCUCUUCUUUCCAGCACACAUCACUCUUUCCUUCUACCACCACGCUGCGCGUCUUCCGCUCACUAUUCGCCGCUUUCUCGACCGCUCGCCGCUCCUCCAAACCGACUGGAAGCCCCUUUUCUACAGCAGAGACUUCCUCACCGAGGAGGAGACGCCGCGCCAAGCGUGGUACGCAGCCUUUCCGUUCAUCAAUCCGUUCGCUGCGUGUUUCUUAGACUCCAUGAUCAACCCCUGCGAGCUCUGUGACUUGCAGCUGCCGAAUCCGUGGCUGCCCGAUUCGGUAGUGCGGAAUAUUCAGCGAUUGCUGGAAGUGAGCAACUCGACGUUGCUGAAGGAAGUCGAAGCUGAGGCCGAGAAAAGGGAGCCGGAAGUGCAGAUCAAUCGAAAGCCGAAGCGAGUGCGAUUAGGGAUUGAUCGAGAGAACGUUGUGAAUGGACAGACGAAGCUGUGCUGGAGUGAGAUGAACGAGUCUGUCUCGAAGAGGCAGUCACCUUAUUUUCGAACGCCUUCGGCGAUCGACGCCAUCGAAGAAUAUGACAAUACCACUUAUUGA